UAAUAAAAAAAAAAGAAGGCUUGAGCUUGACAAGUUGAGGCCGUUAUCUUCCCGCGAAACACAUUUCCUGGCCCCCAGUCACCACUUCACACAGUUCACCCUUUUCUCCCAAGUCACAGCUAAAAUGGCCUCAAUCUCAGCCGUCGGGUCUCCACCCCGACCGCUGUCUUCUUCACCUGUCGGAAAAUCUUCAAACCCGGUACGUCGUUUUGCGCUUACCUUCUCCCUGAUGCGCCAGAGACAGCGCGGACCUCAAUCUCUUCUUCUUCCGGAACCGGAGAAAUUUUCUGAUUCAGGUGCAGGCGGUGGAAGCAAUCCUAUUGAACGAAGAAGUUUUGUCUUUUCAUCCAUUGGAAUGGUAGCUGCAACCUUUUGCAAUGCUUCAAAAGAUGGAGUAGCCCUGGCAUCUCAAUUUGCUGACAUGCCAGCACUUAGGGGAAAGGACUAUGGCAAGUCGAAAAUGAGUUAUCCAGACUACACAGAAACUGCAUCAGGUCUUCAGUAUAAGGACUUACGACUAGGAGAUGGCCCCAAACCCAAGAUGGGAGAGACAGUAGUGGUUGAUUGGGAUGGUUACACCAUAGGAUAUUAUGGACGUAUCUUUGAAGCUCGAAAUAAGACAAAGGGCGGUUCAUUUGAGGGUGAUGACAAGGCCUUUUUCAAAUUUAGAGUAGGAUCUCAGGAGGUAAUACCAGCUUUUGAGGAAGCUGUUUCAGGCAUGGCUCUUGGUGGCAUUAGAAGGAUCAUAGUGCCCCCAGAGUUGGGAUAUCCUGAGAAUGACUACAACAAAAGUGGACCAAGACCCACAACAUUUUCGGGCCAACGAGCCUUGGAUUUUGUGCUGAGGAACCAGGGGCUGAUAGACAAGACUCUUCUGUUUGAUAUUGAGCUCAUCAAGAUCAUACCCAACUGAAUUUCCUUUGAAAUUCAACAUUUAUCACAGGAAAUUACUUAGCUGGCUAUAAAAAAUGCGGCUUAUUUAUCAUGAGUUUAUUAUUCAAGAUGCCAGAAGAUAUUUGGUUAGCUGAGAAAAGCCGGUUUCUUUGAUUAUAUACCAUUAAUCUUGAGGGAGAAGAUUUCUUUCCAUGAAGCCGAGAGAGUUGAAAUGAAAAUGUGCGGCAAGUAGCUAAUUGUCUCAAGCCUGUCCUCUCUCUCUCUCUCUCUCUCUCUCUGAUAAGCUUUUUGUAAUCUGUACUUUUCAAGUUUUUUCAUGCAGUACAUCUGUAAGUGAAACAUUAAAUUGAAUCACCUAAGCUGGCAUUGUGGCGUUUUGUGGA